UCCCUUUUGUAGAUUUCACUCAGUGAGACGGUUCCGUAUCUGGUUAAUUUCAACCUACCUCUGGUCAAUUUCACCCACGCUGCAUCUCUCAGGCGAUGGCAAGCUGCAGGAAUGGCUAAAACCUAUCAGUUCUAUGUGGUCUUUUUGCUCCUGAACAUCAGGACCGGAGCGGCGUUGAAGUGCUUUUGUAAGAAUUGUGAGAAGGAAAACCAAACUUGUGAGACAGAUGGGGCAUGCCUGGCUUCCCGCUCCAGAAUUGGGGGUGUUGAGCAUGAGAUCAGACUGUGUGUGUCCCAACAAGACUUGGUCGCACCUAUCUACUGCCGGAGCGACAAAGAGUAUGUGACUACCAUCUGCUGUUUCAAGGACUUCUGCAACAACCGGGAGAUACCUCCUCCAGAAGGUCUGAAAGGUGAUGCUUUUGACGGCUGGGGCCCAGUGGAGCUGGCCGCUGUGAUCGCUGGCCCAGUCUUCCUCCUGUGUGUGGUGCUGAUGGUGACCGUGUUCCUGUGUCACUACCACCACCAGCGAGCCUACCACGACCGCAACCAGCUGGACAUGGAGGAGCCGUCCUGUGACCACAUGUACAUCUCCGAGGGGAAGUCCUUGAAGGACCUCAUGUUUGAUAUGACUACCUCUGGAUCCGGAUCUGGCUUGCCUUUGUUUGUGCAGCGUACCAUUGCGAGGACCAUAGUCCUUCAGGAAAUAAUUGGCAAAGGACGCUUUGGGGAAGUGUGGCGUGGGAAAUGGAGAGGCGGCGAUGUGGCCGUCAAAAUAUUCUCCUCCCGAGAAGAACGCUCCUGGUUCAGGGAAGCUGAGAUCUACCAGACGGUCAUGUUGCGUCACGAGAACAUUUUGGGUUUCAUCGCAGCAGACAAUAAAGAUAAUGGCACGUGGACGCAGUUAUGGCUUGUGUCGGACUAUCAUGAGCAUGGCUCUCUCUUUGAUUACCUGAACAAGUAUACGGUCACUGUCGAAGGGCUCAUCAAGCUGGCUCUCUCAGCGGUCAGUGGGUUGGCACAUUUGCACAUGGAAAUCGUGGGCACCCAGGGCAAACCUGGGAUUGCCCAUCGUGACCUGAAGUCCAAGAAUAUCCUGGUGAAGAAGAACGGCAUGUGUGCGAUAGCUGACCUAGGCCUGGCUGUCAGGCACGACUCGCUGACUGACACCAUUGACAUCGCCCCCAAUCAGAGAGUGGGCACAAAACGGUACAUGGCUCCAGAAGUACUGGAUGAGACGAUCAACAUGCAACACUUCGAUUCCUUCAAAUGUGCUGACAUUUAUGCCCUGGGGCUGGUGUACUGGGAGAUCGCUCGGAGGUGCUCUGCUGGAGGAGCCCAUGAGGAUUACCAGCUGCCGUACUUUGACCUUGUGCCCUCUGACCCCUCCAUUGAGGAAAUGAGGAAGGUUGUUUGCGAACAGAAUCGGAGGCCAAAUGUCCCUAAUAUUUGGAACAGCAGUGAGGCGUUACGAGUCAUGACCAGGAUCAUGCGGGAAUGCUGGUACGCCAACGGAGCAGCCAGGCUGACUGCUCUCCGCAUCAAGAAAGCGUUGUCGCAGCUAAGCAUACAGGAAGAUGUGAAAAUGUAAGGACGGGAUGUGGGAAGCGGGGAAGCACGGCACUGGAAUUGAACCAACACCAUUCUCCACCUGGCAAAAUGGCUGCAGAGCAAUGUCUACCUCACAACUUUAGAGCCAAUCUGCUGAAGUGUUGACUGGAAAUGUAUCCUGUUUUAUUAAAGGGGAGGGGGGGGGCGAGAACGAGGUGCAAACUAACACUACACUAAGUAUUAGAAACUUGUUGUAUAUCAAAUUUAGUACGAAAUUGGUGGUAUUCAAAAUGCGGGACAAGUGUUCCCCAGUGAAGGGGCAAUUGUAGAACUACUCGUGACUAAAAAUUGGCAUCUGCAUGUUUGAUUUUGAGUGAAUCAUGAAACUAUUUGGCUUGUUUUGAAAUUGCAAUGUGCCCUUUAAACAGUGGGUGCCCCUGAGUUCUGUUUUUAAAUUUUAUUUUAGUAAUUUUUUAAAAUGUAUUUUAAGGUUCAUGUAAGAAAUGGAGAAGGUCACUUCCUCAUUUUUUUAAAAAAUUGUGUACAUAAAAAUAAAUGGAGUUGCCAGGUAGGAGAGACGGGAGGAGCAGUUUAUUGAAACAGAACCUCUUGUCUUAACUGGCUUUCAGGUCACUGUAUAAAGCAGGUUGACUUUGUACCAAGAACAAUCUUUAAUCUUCGGUGCAGCAAGGACGACUGACCUGGCGGUUUCAAUGAUACAUGGAGCCAGUGCAUCCGUGUGUUUUUUGUUGUCGGAUUUACUGGGAUUGGCUGUGUAAGUGUGCCCAGGCUGAAGAUAAGAGUCUGAUGCCGUUGUGUAAACAGGGUUCCUGGGGUGGGGAGGGAACGAGCCCUACUGUGAAGUGAAAUUAAUCUUUCGACUUGCUGCUUUGGAAAACUUUUACAAAGUUGCAGGGGGUAUGAACAUUUGAUCAGCUGCCUUCACAUUAAAAUCUGUACACUAUCGUCAAUGUGGUGUAAGGAAACACCUGGCACCAUUAAAUGUAGAUUGUGAGCCAUCCCAAGGUGUGACUGGCCAAAGCAUGCCAAUCACAUUGGUUACGAAGAGGAUUGGUUUGAAGUCAUGGGUGGCGCAGCGGGUACUGCCACUGCGUCACAGCACCAGCGACCCGGGUUCGAUCCUGAUCUCCGCUACAGUCUGUGUGGAGUUUGCACGUCCUCCCUGUGACUGUGUGGGUUUCCUUUCGCAUCUGAAAGAUGUGCGGGUUGGUGGGUUAAUUGGCUGCUGUAAAUUUGCCCCCAUUUUGUGGGUGAGGGGUAGAAUCUGAUGGGAAUGUGAGGGGAAAUAAAAUAGCAUUAGUUUUAACGGGUGGUUGUUGGUCAGCACGGACUCAGUGGGCCGAAGGGCCUGUUUCCCUGCUGUAUGACUCUCCUACUUGAGGUAUGACUCCUAAAAUUGCAAUUAAGCUAAUACCUUAGUCAGGGCAUCAUACAGCAUGGAAAUAGGCCCUUCGGCCAACCAUCAAGCACCCAUUUACUUUUAAUUUAUUGGUACCAAAAUGCUUCAUAGAUGAAUCACAGCUCCUGGGCAGAUUUUAGAGGCUGAGCUAUUUGAGGGGAAACUUGGGACAUUCGUCCUUUUCCAUGAGUUUCCUGCAUUGAGCAGGGAACACUGUUGAAUGUGUUUGCACUGAGCUGCUGGUGAUCCAGUCAGUCUACGAGGUUGGGUCGGAAAUCCAGGGUGGCUGUUGGUGUGAAGGUUCUUGUACUGAGGAAGCCAAUGUGGAGUUGCUGGUGGGUCGGCGCCAGACCCGCAGUGAUGCCUUCUGCCACCAGAGGCCGCUUCCUGCAGUCCUUGCACUGCAGAGUGGGGAGGGUCACCGCUGGUCCCUAGUGGCAGAAUGCUGGUGUUGCAGAACGUCCCAGAGUCUCCACAGUGCAAAUGGUCCAUUGGUGCUGCGUUACAGGACAUGUCGGGGCACCUCUUGGAAAUGGGGAGAAAUAAAGUUUUUUGUUUUCCCCCCCUCUUGCCCCCAUUGAGCUAUGGAAGGUGGAGGAAUGAAGAUUUUGAAUGUUUACCAACCAUAUUUAGAUAAUGCCCCUCUGCUUGACAGGGCCCUGGUUCUAUAGUGAUCCUUCUUGCAUUCCUUUGGCUCUCUAAAGCUGGCAACAUUGGCACCUGGUGAAAGUGUGUGUUAGGUCUCCAGACCUGUACCCAGGGAGGCAGAUCCUUCUUCUCUAGGCCUUGCUUCUGUGGUUGAGUUUGUCCAAAAAUGAAGUUUAGACCUUUUCUUGGUUUCUCUUCCCCCUUCAGAGUUGCAAUCCAGCAUUUUUAUUGUGUAACUGACCCAGCGUUUUUAUAUAUAUAUAUAUAUAUAUAUAUAUAUAUAUAUAUAUAUAUAUAUAUAUAUAUAUAUAUAUAUAUAUAUAUAUAAUUUUUUUGAUGGUUUUAACUGGUUGCUCUUAAUAUGCAAGAUCUGGAGGUGGGAGUGAGAUUGUGGGGAGAUGUGACGUGGCAAUUUCGCAACCUCCAGCAGGUGUGGAGGAGGAGGAGGAGGAGGAGGAAGUGGCUAGCUAAGGUUUUUUUUUCUGCUUGCGUCUCUGAGCUUUUUAUUGUCGUUUUGUUUCUGCACCCUUUUGGGCUCGCUCCAAAUGUGACAUAUAAAGUGCUGUCAGUUUAGGGCAAUUUGCCAGCAACUCCCACGGGAGGCAGGCAGUUGUAGCAUUUGCUCCUGGCACCAGAGGGUGCUGUUUGAUGGACUUGGGACAGAGUUUUCUCCACCUCAAAUGCCCCCCAAACUUAAUUCUGCCAUUUGGGACAAACCAAUCUUACCCUUGUUUAUUCUCCUCCCCAUUACCUUUGCCUCCUGCCUCCUACCCCAUGGUAACCUUACCAGUAGCUGCCCCUGCCCCUCCUCAACACCUUGUUCAACUGCCAGCACUUUGCUCCACAAGGCAAAGGGACUGAGGCAAGGUAACGUCACCCUCACAAGAGGACAAUGCAUCUUCAUCAUUUAUUCUCUUUUGCUGGGAACGUAUUUUUGACAGAGACUGACUCGAACCUUAAACAUUUUGAUCUGUAACUCGCUUCCUGACUGGGCCACAAACUAGAUUUUUGUUUUAUUUUUUUAACAAAAAAAAUGCCAGUCACUUGGGUUUGAAGAUGUUGACCAUCUUGCAUACAUUACAGAAUUAAAGCUGUAGUCAGUCUAACCAUAUUUGCAGUCUUUUAGUUUUGGGUAAGAAGGUUUAAUUUCUGACCAGAACAGCCUUUGUGUAAGUUUGGGCUUUCUCUUUAAACUGUGAGGAUUUUGUGUCCAUGUUAAGCCCUUCCUGCACCUCUUUCACAAGGGUUUGAUAAGAGGAGAAGAUCUCCAGUUAAAUAUGAUUACCUGGUGAACAGUGAUGGGUGUUAAUGUUUUAUGGCGGGGCUUGUUUCACCACUCUCCUCCCCCCCCCGUCCACUGUAGCCAACCGUACAGUGGUGAAGUGCAAGCAUCCUCUUUUGGUUUCCAGGCAAACACAACAUUUUUGCCACCUCGAUUGCUUUCAAGCUCUCUUGCAGAUGGUACAAUGACUCCCUGCUGAACCUGGCCUGGCACUGAAUGCCCACUUGGUAUGGAAUGGGAUGCCAAAAUAGUUUGGCAUGUACUGCGAGUGGGAAUCUCUUUUAUUGUACUGGAACUACUGAUUUUCCUGGCCCAUCCCCAAUCCCUUUUUUUAAAAAAAAAUUACCUCACGGUAUGCAAAUAGAAAUUGUUACAAUUGUAAAUACUUCUGUUUUGAUGUGAAACUUGAUAUUCUAGAGCCUGUAUUUUGACUUUGGCUUGCUAGGUAUGUUUGUAACUACUGCUGUUGUAUAAACAAAUGGCUUCAUCUCUGGAUAUUUUUUUGUAUGGGGCCUCUGUGCUGUUGUGGCUGGUGACGGUAUUUGUAAAUCUGUUUCUACACGCUGCUAAUACAAUUUCAAAUGCUGCAGUCUCAAACAAGGAUCCACUGUGCAAACAACUAGCUGAUUUCUUGCUGGGCAGGUUCAUUGGUGUCGGGCCAUUCAGUCCGGUGUUCCUUGAUUUCUGUUGAAAUGGUUAGGGCCGUCUUCAAGUACUAAUACACUCCCCGGGGGCACUGUCCCACCCUCCCCGGGGGCUCGGUCCUGCCCUCCCUCGCACUCCCAGGGAUCAAUCCAUCUUUCUCCAUGCACUCCUGAAGGGUUAGUGUGACACACCAGCUCACUCCUGCUCCAGGCCAUUCAGCCCAUCGAGCUGUCUCUGGAUUCAAUAAGAUUCUGGUUGAUCCACAACCUCGAGUCCACACUCCUGCCUCGCACCCCCCCCUUCUACCCCUCUCUCGCGAGGAGCCCCCAUCUCUCCUGUGCACUCUGCCCCCCUCUUGCUCAUGCGCCCACCCCCUCCCUCCAUCCCCCCGCCCCCCUCACGUCCUCCGAGUCCCUUAAUAUCCAAAAACUCUCCUGGCCACGGACGGCUCUCUGGGGUAGAGAUUUCUUUCGACUUGUUCCCCUCUGACACUUUACCUCGACACCUGAGCCCCCCCCCCCCCCCCCCCACCCCGGUGCAAGACUCGAUCCCAGGGAUUGCUCUCUCAGCCUCUCCCCUGUUGGCCAAUUUUUCCCGUUGCCCCUGUGAGAUGGAGGCUUGACCUUUUAUUGACUACUACAAUGGCUGAGCUGCAGUGCAUGCUGGGCAGAGAAACCACCCUGGAAGGGUUCAAGUCCGCAAAACAAUCUGGGCAAAACACUCGAGCUCCAGUGUGUUUGAUGUGCCCCUUACAUAUUUACUGGCUUGUAUGGACUUGUGUCUGAUGUUUACAUGGCCUCCUCUUGAUUGAAUUUUUGAAGUGCUAUUUAUCGGUGAAUCCUGGUACCUUGCCCAAGCUUUUGUACUUGCAGGGUCGGUGGGGGACAUAUCCCAUCAAGACUGGAACUGUUGCCUCCACCUAAUGUGCAUCAGUGAAAGACAGCCCAGGUCUCCUCUUCCAGACACUGUACUCCCCAACCCUCCCUCCCGCCCUGCACCUGGGUCUGCCCGUGUGUAACACUCUCUCGUCUCAACCGUGGCUGAGAUCUGUGUACUGGGGCAGCCAGCUCCAUUCUACCUGAGUGACAAACUAAAGCAGAGGGAGGGGCACUUGGAAUUUGUAUGGAAUCUUUCAUUACCUCUGCUUGUCCCAGGACGCAGAAAUAGCUGUGAACUGGGAUCACUGUUGCGAUGCCGGGAGAACAUCAGUGCUUUGCUCUUUGUGGCACUUGCCAUAUACAAUAAGGCUCAGAGUCAAUGAAUUUUCUGUACUGAAGUUUUGUGGUGGGUGAAAAUUGGCCAGGACACCAGAAAGAACUGCCCUGCUUUGAAAUAGCCCAAUGUGAUAAAAGUUCAAUGUCCACUUGAAAGGGUAGAUGAGGCCUGAGUUUAAUCUGCUCUUUGUACUGCCUGGUUUAGGGGCCCAAGCCUGUGGUGUGGGGCCUGUGCAGGAUUCAAGCAGUCACUGAAGUUAAACUCACUCGAUUCUACUUCCAGGUACCCCUGUUUGACACACAACAGUGGUAAGCAAGAUGCCAAUCUUGGUCUUUCCUUUCCUAGUUGCUGGUAAUCUGGUUUGAUAGCAACAACGUGGUCGUCAAUGUACCCAACUCAACAAGGUUUUGGCCCAUCCCACUGUGUCUUAGAACUAACUGGAGUGUAUUUUGACUGAUGUAUUACAUUCUUCACAGUUUAUGAUCAGACUUGCAAAGUGUGUACAUAUUGGGAGAAAUAAAGAUGAAAUUUUUCGUU